GAGUCUUUUGUACGUUCGUUUGUAAAGGCAGUCGUCAAAAUCAAGUGCGAUUUGUGUGGUGCAAAGAAUUGUGAAUUCGUCGUUACUACAUCGAAUUCAUUUGCCAAAUCUCUGAAUUCUGACAAAAGAGCAAAUUCACAAAUUUCCAACGUUUCUUUUUUUCUUUGAAUAUUUUCCAUUAGAAAUAUUGAGUAGAAUUAAAUAAUUUUUUAUUGAUAUUCGAUUCGGAUUGUUUGGUGAGCUUUGCUACACAACAAUAGUUGGCGAGGAGCAGCGGCGGCUUCAACCUCUCGUGGAAAAAGAAAAAUCAUACACAGAAAAUUUGUAAUCAAAUUUUAACAGCAUAAAAUGGCGUUAAAAAGAAUUAAUAAGGAAUUACAAGAUUUGGGCAGAGAUCCACCUGCACAAUGUUCGGCUGGUCCAGUUGGCGACGAUUUAUUUCACUGGCAAGCUACAAUAAUGGGACCGCCUGACAGCCCGUAUCAAGGUGGUGUGUUUUUCUUAACAAUUCACUUUCCAACAGAUUAUCCAUUCAAACCACCAAAAGUGGCUUUUACAACGCGCAUAUACCAUCCAAAUAUAAACAGUAAUGGAUCUAUUUGCCUCGAUAUAUUGAGAUCUCAGUGGUCGCCAGCACUAACUAUAUCAAAAGUUUUAUUAUCAAUUUGCUCUCUACUCUGUGAUCCAAAUCCAGAUGAUCCUCUUGUUCCAGAGAUUGCAAGAAUAUAUAAAACUGAUCGGGAAAAAUAUAAUGAAUUGGCACGAGAAUGGACUAGGAAGUAUGCUAUGUGAUGCGUUCCAGUUUGUAUAAUUGAAUCGUCGUCGGUGUUGAUGUCGUCGUUGUUGUUGUUGUUGUUGCCAUCGUUACAGUCUUCAACAUCAUCAUCAUCACUACCAUCAUCGUUGUCGUCGUUGACAAAAUUAAUGUUGCCGACGUUGUCGCCGCCGUCGUCGUCAUCAUCAUUAUUCUUAUAUUUCAACUUAA